AAGAAACAUGAAAAUUAGGAUUAGCAAAGUUCAAAGGAAGACGAAGCAGGAACAACAACAUCGUUGUUUUGUUCUGUAACUCCCCUUGACGACGAAGACUUCCUUCGACGCUCAUCCAUCGCCAUGAACCUCUUCUCUAAGAAACCCACCGCCAAAGAGGCUCUUCGUGAGAGUAAACGGGAAAUGGCUAACGCUACCAGAGGUAUAGAGAGGGAAAUUGGAUCAUUACAAUUGGAAGAAAAAAAGCUAGUUGCUGAGAUAAAGAGAACUGCUAAAACAGGAAAUGAGGCAGCGACUAAAACUCUAGCCCGCCAGCUUGUCAGGCUUAGGCAGCAGAUUGCUAAUCUUCAAGGUAGUCGAGCUCAGAUGAGAGGCAUUGCGACUCACACGCAGGCAAUGCAUGCCCAUUCUUCUGUUGCUGUUGGUAUGAAAGGCGCUAGUAAGGCAAUGGCAGCAAUGAAUAAGCAAAUGGAUCCGGCAAAGCAAGCCAAAGUUAUGCUGGAAUUCCAGAAACAAUCAACGCAGAUGGAUAUGACUACUGAAAUGAUGUCAGAUGCCAUAGAUGAUGCAAUAGACAAUGAUGAAGCUGAAGAGGAGACUGAUGAGCUGACAAACCAGGUUCUUGAUGAAAUUGGUGUGGAUGUUGCCUCACAGUUAUCAACAGCUCCCAAAGGGAGAGUUUCAACAAAGAAUACUGAAAACGUCAGCAGCUCUGGCAUUGAUGACCUUGAGAAGCGUUUGGCGGCUCUUAGAAACCCAUAAAUCUUACCUGAGAUUUUGAUUCUUGAUCUCACAGUUUCUAAACUAAAAUUCUUUGCUGCACUAUUUUUUUCUUGGGAUUUCAAAUGUUGUGUUGAGUGUGUGUAUAUAUCAUGUAUGAAUAAUUAUAUAUUAAAUUUUCUCAGAUGGACAAAUUAUUUAUAAAAAAUAUGGAGUUGGGUA